GUGGCUGCAAAGGGGAGAGCGGCGGGAGCCAAGUGGGGGAGGGUGAAGGAAACCCGGGAGAAGGCUUUCUCCAGCCCCCAAAGUUUUGAUGAUGACCAUGACUACGAUGGCUGACGGCUUGGAAGGCCAGGACUCGUCCAAAUCCGCCUUCAUGGAGUUCGGGCAGCAGCAACAGCAGCAGCAGCAGCAGCAACAGCAGCAACAGCAGCAGCAGCAGCAGCAACAGCAGCAGCAGCAGCAGCCGCCGCCGCCGCCGCCGCCGCCGCCGCCGCCGCAGCCGCACACUCAGCAGACCUCCCCGGCCAUGGCAGGCGCGCACUACCCUCUGCACUGCCUGCACUCGGCCGCGGCGGCGGCGGCGGCGGCCGGUUCCCACCACCACCACCACCAGCACCACCACCACGGCUCGCCCUACGCGUCGGGCGGAGGCAACUCCUACAACCACCGCUCGCUCGCCGCCUACCCCUACAUGAGCCACUCGCAGCACAGCCCUUACCUCCAGUCGUACCACAACAGCAGCGCGGCCGCCCAGACGCGCGGGGACGACGCAGAUCAACAAAAAACUACAGUGAUUGAAAACGGGGAAAUCAGGUUCAACGGAAAGGGGAAAAAGAUUCGGAAGCCUCGGACCAUUUAUUCCAGCCUGCAGCUCCAGGCUUUAAACCAUCGCUUUCAGCAGACUCAAUACCUGGCCCUUCCCGAGAGAGCCGAACUGGCUGCUUCCUUAGGACUGACACAAACACAGGUGAAGAUAUGGUUUCAGAAUAAGCGCUCUAAGUUUAAGAAAUUGCUGAAGCAGGGCAGCAACCCACAUGAAAGUGACCCCCUCCCGGGUUCAGCAGCCCUGUCACCGCGCUCCCCAGCCCUGCCUCCAGUGUGGGACGUUUCUGCCUCUGCCAAGGGCGUCAGUAUGCCUCCCAACAGCUACAUGCCUGGCUAUUCGCACUGGUACUCCUCACCACACCAGGACACCAUGCAGAGACCACAGAUGAUGUGACUUGUCUGAGGAAACGAUCUAGGGGAGCUUCUGAAGGAGGCAAGGAGGAUCCGGGACUGCAUCUGCCAAAAGGCCUAAGCAAUGAGCUCAGAGGAACUGUCCCUGUGAUCUGGACCUCUCCCCUCCUACCCCUCUCUGUCUGUCUGUCUCUCUCUUUCUCCUUUCCCAUUUCUCUCUCCUCUCCUCUUUUCCUCUACUUCCUUUCUCUCUUCCUCCUCUUCUUUCCUUGUUUUACAUCCCUUUUAAUCUUGCUUCUUUCUUAUCUUUAUUCCCUCUCCUCCCACCUUUCUUUUUUCUUCCUCUUCCCUUCCUUUCUCCAAUCUCCUGUCUUCAGUAACCUUAAUAAGCAACAUUGUAUCACACACACACACACACACACACACACACACACACACACCAGAGAGAGAGAGAGAGAGAGAGAGAGAGAGAGAGAGAGGUUGGCCUACAUGCCAGUGUUCUGGCAACCCAUCACUGUAAGGAUAUUUUCCCUCACACCAUGGGAUCCAGGCCCAGAGCCUCCUCUUUGGGAUUCUCCGUCCAAAUAACUUUUUUAAAACAGAUAAUCUUCACCGGCAGAAGAAUCUGCACAAUCAUGGCAGCAUUUUUGCUUAUUUAAUGAGUUUAAGACAUUAUGUGAUAAAAGGCAAGGAUUUUGGACUCCGGAAUUUUUGUUUACCAAUCCAUGACGGAACA